AAUGCAAUGAGCGUAGGUGAGCUCAGCGUGGUUGCCAAAGCAGCAUGCCACGCUGUGCAGUGCAGCCUGCCUGAGGCUGCCAAGUCUGUGGGCUGCUCCUUCAAAGCACAGAGCGAGUCGAGGAGCGCGCAGACUACUGAGACUGUGGAUCUGUUAAGCUCCUCCUCAGUGUUCAAGGCGCUGCCUGGCCAUCGCCCAAUUGUGAAGCGGCUCACCGAGCGCCACUUCCCGUCGUACAUCCCACGUACCGAGAAAAAAACAACAUCCGACUCGCCGCUGUUUCGUGUGCAACCUGGAAAGGGACAGCAACGGGAAGAGGAUACGCAAGGAAACGAGGACCUGGUGUAG